GCAGAUGUGGGUGGCAUUGGCAUACGGUCUUCUGGCAAACUGCCAGUGGAGCUGUCCCAGAAGCUGCCUGAGGCUCUGGCAGAGAGAAUAGGAAUGCCGACGCUGAACCGUGGCUUCCUCCUUUCGCGUGGCGCGCGGAAGCUUUUCUACUGCAGUCCGGGCCUGGAUUUGGUGCUGCGAGCGCGCAGGUCCAAGCCCCUGUCCCUAGUCUCCGCCGGGACUGGCGUGGCAUCUGCGGCCAGCGACGUGUGGCAGUUGACGCCUUCAGGUGUGGAGAUCUUUGGCCAGAUGUCUGGACGGAAGGCUGAAGCUAAUGCACAGGCUGCCCGGAAACAUCUCGAAUCGCACCA